AUGUAUGAUCCACGAGCAUACAACUCGCUACCUUCUCUUCGUCAAGCUGCGGAGCGGCUAGAUGGACAUGCUACGAAGCACCUUUUUGGUGAGAUUCGUCAAGUGUUCCUCGACAACAAUGCCCAUGAAAAGUAUGGCAUCAGCGUGCUGCACAAGCAUUUCCCCAUCGGCGAAGAAGAUCGUCUAGUCGACUGUCGACAUACCCCGACAGCUUGGAAAGUCCUUCCAUUCCUGGAUUCUGCUCGGUCGCAGUUUGCGGUCUGCAUUGGCGGGAUCACCCUUUUCAGACUGACCGAGGAAGAGAUGUUUGUGGCACGCGUCGAGAAAUUCGGGGAGUGUCGUAUUUCGAGUUUGCUGUAUUUCGAGGUUCAGGUUCCGUUCCGCUUCCUCUCGUCGUCGUUCCGCUUCUUCUCGUCGUCUUUCUGCUUCUUGAAGACGCUUGCGUAUUUCAUGUAG